UUAUAUAUUAAAAGUGUGAAAAAUUAUUAUAAGUGAUUGAAAUAAUUUAUUAUAAUUUUAAAAUUAAAAAUGGAUUUCAAGGAAGGAUUACAUUUUCUUUAUGACAGCUUAAUAUUUUUGUGGCUGUCGGUUGUGUAUAUAACAGAGUCAUUAAUUUUGAGCUUAAUACCUCGAAAAUACAGAAGCAAAAGUAUUCAAGGCGAAAUAGCAUUAGUGACAGGAGGUGCUGGCGGAUUAGGAAGAUUAAUUGCUUCGAAAUUAGCGAGUCUUGGGGCUCACGUUGUGAUAUGGGAUAUCAACAAAUUAGGGAUUAAGGAUAUUGUGGACGAAAUAAAAAGCCAGGGUGGCAAAUGCACUGGAUAUGUUUGCGACAUAAGCAAUCGAGAAGAUAUUUAUCGCGUUGCUAAAACAGUACAAAUAGAAGUUGGAAAUAUCACAAUUAUCGUAAAUAACGCUGGUUAUGUGUGCGGUAAAACUUUUAUGAAUCUCCCAGAUGAUGAAAUCGAGAAGACUUUCAAAGUUAAUAUUCUCUCGCAUUAUUGGAUAAAUAAAUCAUUCAUGAAAGAAAUGAUGAAAGAGAACCAUGGUCACAUCGUAACUAUUGCGAGUGUCGCGGGAUUGCUUGGUACUUAUAAUUGUACCGAUUAUUCAGCGACUAAAUUUGCAGCUAUUGGCUACCAUGAGAGUCUGUUUACCGAAUUAAAAGUACACGGAUACCAUGGAAUUAAUACGACAUUAGUCUGCCCAUACUUUAUAAACACAGGAAUGUUUCCAGGUGUCAAGCCAAGAUUGUUACCUAUGUUGGAGCCUGAAUACGUAGCAAAUGAAGUUAUCGCUGGCAUAUUAACUAAUCAAAUAAAUGUUACUAUGCCUUUAAGUACAAAGUAUUUUUUACCGCUUAAAAGCUGGUUACCACCAAAACUCUGUUGGGCUCUGAUGUAUAACAUCAUUAAGGGGCCACAGACCAUGAUGAUGCUACAGAAAAAUGAGAACAUGCACAAUUACGAUCGUUUGAAAAAUUAUUAGUUUUAAAAGCUUAUCAUCAAUAAAUUAAGUUUUUGUUAUAUUACAGGCUAAUUUUUUUUUUAAGAAUAUAAAAAUAGUGAGAUUGUGUACUUACGCAUUAAAAUAGGUCGUAAAAGUAAUUUAAACCUUGGCCAAGUUCCCAAAUUGAGAGUCCAGUUCCUAAUUCUCGGGCUAAGUCUAUUCUUUGUUGGAUGGAAUAGAGCGUAGGAUAAAAUAUAUAACCACUGGCUUUUGAUGAUCUGAAUGAGAAUAAAAAUUUAAGAUUAUGAAUAAG